AUGAACAUAAACGUGAACGUAGACGUUAACGUCGACGUGACAUUAGCCCAGUUGGGUUAGGUUUUUUAUCGUGAAAAAUUUUAUCGUAUAAAAAAAUAUCGUUUUUUUUGUUCCGUGAAAAAUUUUUCAUGUCACGUUAGACUAAAUUUUGUCUAGUAAAGUUGUAGAAAAAUAUAUUCAAGUGACCCAAGUUAACGCAUUUAUAUUGUAUGUGAUAUUAUACACGAAAAAUAAUGAGUCGUCAUGAAGGAGUAAGUUGCGACUCCUGUUUAAAAGGAAACUUUCGGGGUCGUAGAUACAAGUGCCUAGUGUGCUAUGAUUAUGAUUUAUGUGCUAGCUGCUAUGAAGCUGGAGCAACAACAACACGACAUUUAUCUGAUCAUCCAAUGCAAUGUAUACUAACAAGAACUGAUUUUGAACUUUAUUAUGGUGGUGAGGGUGUAAGUGUUGAACAGCCACAAUCAUUAACUUGUCCAUAUUGUACAAGAAUGGGUUUUACCGAAGCAACCUUACAAGAACAUGUGGCAUCAGAUCAUCCGGAUACUACAUUUGAAGUGGUAUGUCCAGUAUGUGCAUCAUUACCUGGGGGUGAUCCAAAUCAUGUAACAGAUGAUUUUGCAAAUCACUUGACUACUGAACAUCGCAGUGGACCUAGAGAUUUAAUAUCCUUACUUGAUGAACCGACAUCUUCGCGACAUGGUCCUCGAAGGAUACCACAUUCAUCGCGUGGAGCUGGUGGUCAACGAACUAGACGUGACGACAGGACCUUCAGGUCCAACAUGCUUUUCAGUUCAUCCGGUGGUCUAAGUCCCAGUAGCCGUGACAGUAUAGAUCCAAUAGCUGAAUUAUUGUCGCAAUUAUCUGGAGUACGACGUGCAGGAACAAAUACUGGCCAGACUUCACAACUACAGCAGCUGCAAAUGCAAUUACAAUUAGAACGUCAGCAAGUUAGAGCUGCAUCAAGACAUCAAUUGGAACGAUUACCAAGAAGACAACCACAAGCUAUCGGUUCAGUUACCGGUGGUACCAGUGGUACUGGAAGUUCUGCUGGUGGAAGUGGUACCAGCAGUAGUGCUAUUGGUAGUACUAGUGGUAGUGGAAGUGCUGGUGGUAGUGGUAGUAGUUCUGGUACUGCUGGUGGUAGUGGUGGUGGUACUGGUACUGGUGGUAAUCAUCAUCAUCAUUCAACAAUGGCUGGUAUUGUUGCUAAUAAUUCAUCGAGUAAUAAUAAUACGAGUAAUGUUAACCCGUCCACCGGAUCUGCCAAUUCACAAAAUUCAAUGUUUUUAUUACCUAGAUGCAUUACAUCAAGCCUAUCAGAAACCCAGUUGCAGAAUAUAGAACGUGAUAAUGCAAAUCGUAGUUUAUUUGUUCGUGAGUUGGUAAUCGGUACAUUGUCUCAAACAGUUGCUGAAUUAACAGAACAAUUAGAAAAACAACAGUUACAAUUACAAUCACAAAUGGCAUUACAAGCACUACAAGAAUUGUCACGACCAACAACAGUGACUGUAAGCUCGGAAACAAAAUCAACUACAACGUUAUGUGAUUCUACUGAUAGUAAUAAAGACAAAGAUAAAGAUAAAGAUGUUGACAGAGAUGCUGAUGGAGAUAGCAAGUCAAGUUCUUGUAAUUCAUCACCUUCUGUGGCAGAAGCUGUGAGAGAACAGUCGCAACCUAUUACAUCUAAAUCAUCAACUCCAUCAUCAACUGGACAAGGACCACAAUCAUCGUCACCGUCACCGUCACCACAAACCCAAACACAAAUUCAAACCCAGUCGCAGAGUACAGUAGCGUCAAAUACGCAUACGGCAACUAGUAGUGUCGCUAGUAAUUUACAAACUCAAGCUGGACUUCCAUCAGCAAAUCCAAUUGUUCAAACAUUAAUGCAUAAUGUUUUACCUCCUCAGCCAUUGGUAUUGCAGCAACCACUGCCGCCAUUACCACCAACACGAAACACGGGUACUGGUACAAUAAGAGAAUCAGCAACAACAAUCGGUGCAUCUCAACCACCAGCAUAUUUAAGUAGUCGGGGUGGUGUUAAUUCUGUCAACGUAACAACAAAUUCAUCACGUAGAAAACCUGUACGAUCUGUUGACGGUAGAAACCAAUCAACAGAACCACCACCACCCCACUAACCCCCGUCUCUAGAUUUUAUGCCCCUAAAAAAAACAUAAACAAAAAAAAAUAAUUAACGCUUUAUUCAUUUAAUGUUUUUGUUCUUUUUUUUUUCUUUAUUUUUAUCUUAUAAAAAAAAAUAUUAAUCGGAAAGGUCCUUAAUUAAAGAAAACUAAGUAAUUAAAUUACAUUUUAAAAAUUAUUAAUUAAUUAAAAUUAUAAUAAUAAAUAAAUCCUAAUCCUUUAGCACUA